AUGUAUGAUCAAUCUUUUCAAAAUCCACCACAUUUAAGAGGUGGCUGGUUUGUUGGACCAGAAGAAUAUGAACAGAUGGGUUAUACAUUAGGACUUCCUCCAGGAAUCAAAAUGCCCUUAAAACCCGAAAUUUUAGAGUUAGUCGAAAAAAUCAAGAAAACAAAUGGAAUUGCAAUUCCAUCUCAUAUACCAAUAAACCAAGAACUAAUAAAAAGAAAGAUCAUGGCAACAAAUAUUCCAACAGGAACUUCUGUUGAAGAUUUCAAAAAUUUAAUCGUCUCUACUUUAUUAAAACGUAAGUUAAUCACAGAUACAGAUCCAAUAGAAAAUAUCGAGUACAUGACUCAAAAAUUCACCGCAAUUAUCGAAUUUAAAUCACAUAAAGAUGCAGAAGCUUGCAUGUUACUUGAAAAAACACUCAUUAUCAACAAUUACACAAUUAACUUGUUUUGGUAUAAUGAAGGCAAUCUCAAUGUUGCUUCAGAACUUCAAUUAAGCGAAUCUAAAUAUUCUAAUCCGAUUUACGUUCAAAUUCCAUCCACAACAAUACAAGAAGAUAAUAUAAGAGCUUUAUUUGAACCGGAAUUCCCAAUUAAAGAAGUAAUUAUACAGCAAGAAACAGAUUAUGCUUUUGUUGAGCUAAAUGAUCCAUAUAAAGCACAUUUGGCAGCAUACACAGUCAAUGGAAAACAAGUUGAAGAUAAAACUGUCACUGCAAGAGUUUGUUACAAUGAAAAUCCAGAUGAUUUAGAUAUAUCUCAAAAUGAACUCAUCAGAAACCAAAUUGCAGACGGUGGACAAAAUUACUAUUCAGUAAUUAACAGGAAACUACUAGAAAAUCCAAAUUUGAUUGAUAUAUUAAAUACGAAUAUUAAUCCUUCAGUUGUAAUCACUCCAGAUGUUGAAAAACUACAACCAGAGUCAGGCACAUUCUUAUACAUCUAUAAUAUUGCUAAAUCAGUCAUUGUUUUUGAACAUGAUUUGAUUGAAGAACUUAUUAUAGAUAUUCAACAAGAAUGUUCAAAGUUUGGCAAUGUACUCGAUGUAGAAGUUGAACAGUUACCAAUUAGAUCCGAUUACGCCGUGAUUAAAGUUAAAUUUUCAACUCCAUCAGAAGCGAAAGCCGCACAACUUGCUUUGUCUGGCCGCAGAUACGGAGGAAGAGUUGUUAUAACUUCUGUUGAAGAUAAAUGA